GGGGUAUCCCUGUAUUAGUGGAGGGCCCAGCAACUUUUUAUUACUAUAGCUGCUGGCGCCGCGUGCCGCGUACGUCCACUUCCUUGCUAUGCUGUUCUGCUGCUGGCCGAUAUCUUAGCGUGGCAGCUAGACGCCAAAACCUAUUAUUAAAGGCUUCAGGAUUUAUUUUGCAAGAAUGGCACUAAAGAGAGGCCCGAAGUGUGGGUAUGCCGGGACAUCCUGUCGCAACAGCGCAGCAGACGCCAAUCGCUGCCCGUGGGCCGCUCUGUUGCGUGCUACGAUAGCAGCCGCAUUGCUCUGCUCUGCAAACGGCGCUCCUUCGGUCCUACUCUACAACAACACGCAAGUGGUUUCUGGCCUUGACCAAAUUACCACCGUUGCAAAGAUAAUUCAGGACCAAACACAGCCGUCGAAGCUUUCCAAGACAUCCUCACAGCCCAUCUCGGCACGAAUGGCAGACUACAGUGCGUACGUCAUCCCAGCUAGCGGUAGUGCAUCCUACCUAUCUGCUGAGCGCACGGAUAUAAACAUGUGGAAGCCAACGCAGCUCGCUGAUUGGGUCCGGUCUGGCGGCAGCCUAAUUCUUCUUGAUGGCUCUAAUGGCGGAAAGGUCAACACCUUCACGAAGCUCCUCGACACGUUGCUUGGAGGCUACGGUGUCGCACAUUGCUCUGGUUAUACCUUCACGAAACGCGAGCAGCUGUUCUGCCGUACGACGGACAUCCAGGGCCCCUUGGGCGAGCUGCGUAGCUCAAUAACGGUGAUACUAGAUCAAGGCAUAUCCGGCAUGCAAUGCAACGGCAUGACCCCCGGCUCACCCAUCUACAGCACCCUUGCCAGCGGCACGUCAGCCAAUGAGGUCUCCGUCGCUCGAAUGUGGACCCUGGGCCGAGGCAGCAUCUUCUGGAUCGGUUUCUCCUUCCAGAAUUCCAACUUUAAAGCCUUCCAGAGCCUCCUAGCGGUCGCGGUGUCGCUCUCCCAGCUGCCGUACCUGCCCCCGCCGCCUAUCAAGGUGCCGCCUGCCCCGCCUCCGUCGCCGCCCUCGCCGCCACCGCCGCCGCCUCCAUCGCCGCCACCACCAAUGCCAAGUCCGCUGCCGCCGUCUCCCAGGCUGUCGCCGCCGCCUCCCCCUCGCCCGUCACCGCCUCCGCCGCCGUCGCCUCGGGCGGUGUCUCCCUCCCCGCCGUCCCCGCGCCCCUCACCAAUGCCGCCGUCCCCGCCGCCGCCAUCUCCGCUACCGCCUCUGCCGUCGCCGCCGCCGUUGUCCCCGCCGCCGUCCCCUCACCGGCCACCGCCGCCGCCGCCAUCACCCUCGCCACGGUCUGUGUCUCCAUCCCCGCCGCCGCCAAUUGUGCAGCGCUCCCCGCUGCCUCCACCACCCUCUCCGCCGCCCCCGUCGCCGCCCCCAUCUCCUCCGCCCCCAUCCCCACCCCCCUCUCCGCCCCCGCCGUCACCCUCCCCACGGCCGCCGCAGCCCUCACCACCUCUGUCAUCGACGCCCUCACCAGCCCCACCCGUCAAGUCACCUCCGCCAUCCACAUCGCCUUCCCCUUCCCCACCCCCACCUCCCUCUCCUCGGCUGUCGCCGCCUCCGCCUCCGCCCACCUCAAACAGCCCGCGGCCUCCCUCACCCAAGCCUCCGGGUGCCCAGCAGCCUCCUCCGCCAACCUCCUCCCUCCGAUCUUCCCCGCCCGUAUCCUCCAAACCCCCGCCCCGCGCCAAGCCCCCACCACCUGAGUUGGCUCCGCCGCCUGCAGACGACGCCACCCUUCCCCCUUACCACACCUUCCCGCCUCCUCUGGAGGAAUUCGCACCGCCUCCCCCCAAGAAGAAAACCACGGGUCGUUAGAGGGGGCACAUGGUUAGAGAGAUGAACAGAGGGUGCCUGCUGGCUAGAGAAGAAAGCCCACGUACGUACGAACGUACGUACGGCGGCUGCAACAGCUCGCUCGUUCGAUGCGAGGCUAGCUAGCUUUAUUUUAGGAGCGGAGGGUGGUGGAGAGGAGAGAGUGAGGGAAGAAUAGUCAUGCCUGCCAGCGGGGAGCGAGUGUAUGUUUUCCAACCUUCCUUGCUGGUGUACUUACAGCGGAGGUGGUCGGAACUGAUCUGUCGUACUGUUGGGAAGUACUUCCUACUCGUUGGGGGUAGUGUCUCUCUUUCUUUUUGCUCGUUGGCAUAGUAUUUCUUUGUUCUUUGUCGCUGGAUGCCUAGAUAACUUGGGGGUCACGGCACACAUGCACAAUGGCAGUAUCUCUUUCCGUACAGUGCGUGACGAUCUAUCUUGGACGGAAUUACAUGAAGCCUUAAGUACGACAUGUGAGGUAGGGUUCUCUGCAAAGAGUCAGCUGACUGAUAUCGACCGCUGUCUUGCUUGUCAAUACAAAGCGGCGUUGCUAUAACAGGCAACGCCUUCCACUGACCGCCUCACUAGACUGUUUUUCGGAGGUGUUUUUAACUUUCACUAGCAUUUAUCGAUUUAUGGACAAAGACAGAGGAUAUCAGCGUGUGGGCGUAACCGGGACACUUUCAGGCUGCUGUAACAAGACACUGUGUUCGGAUGGAAAGUUGUUGUAACUGCUCCUUGUUAUAGGAACAGGAUUGUGGGCAAGGCCACGUGAACAACCCUUCGGCGUGAAGUGAUAGUUGUGAUCAUGUGUGCAGAUGUCUGUUGAACCGGGCCGGAGCUCCGACAAGACUGUACGACUGUCGUCGGAGGUGCGGUGCUGGUGGAUGGCUUCGGGUAGGAAGGGG